AUGCCACCGCAUAAUAAUAUUGUAUGUGAAUGGUUGCGUGCUCUCGGGUUGCAACAGUAUGCGGAAAGUUUUAUGGAAAACGGCUAUGAUGAAUUGGAAAUUUGUAAGCAAAUUGGUGAAAUCGAUUUGGAUGCAAUUGGUGUCGAUAAUGCUCAACAUCGUAGCAAACUAUUGAAAAGCGUAAGGACAUUAAGGGAGAAGGGUGCCGCCUUGGUUUAUGUGAUGAUUAACGAUCCCAAAGCCUUAAAUAAUAGUAAUGAAAUAUUAUCGGAAUGUGAUACUCCAACAACAAUGAAGGAGCUUGAAUCUGUGAUGAAACGCCAUUUGGAAGCGGAUGGCAUACGCUUAACGGCUCAUCCCUAUUCAACACCGGAAGGGAAGCGUGGUUACCUGGAAGGUUUGGCAGCCCACUACAGCAAAGAGAUUAACAUGCCUUAUGAGGAUGUUUUAGAUGCCAUUGAAUCGGUGCGUCUUUCAAAAUGGAAAGAACGCCAUUUACGCAUGGUUGCAAGCGGUACCAGUGGCACUCAUACCUUAAGACGUGGUGGUGGUGGUUGCAGCAGUAGUGGUAAUAGCGGCAUGGGCGUAAGUGCCUUGAUAGCGGGUAAUAUUGCAAAUCAAUCUAUAUUACCGACAAGUCAUAGUCAACCUUUAUAUGUGCCUGGAAAGUAUCUGCCUUCAAGCUGUUUAUCGAAUCGAGAGGAAAAUGAAAUUUAUAGCUAUACUCAAAGCGAUUUAGUGAACCGUAUGGCACGCAAUGCCAUAGAUUCGAAAUCAGCUAUUAAUUUAAGUGGGGGUAUCGGCGGUAUCGCUGGUAUGCAGCAUAGUUAUCCGGGUGCUCGUGCAAAUUUUUUCCAUGACUUCUCAGCAACAGAGGGAAGAAAUCGUCAUAAACGCCGGACUGUAUUUGCUCGUUUCUUACAUGGACUACGACAGAGCGGCGACGAGUUAAAUCAGUCAGAAGUCAUGCAAUUAAAGACUUCCGAAAAGCUGAAAAGUUGUGGUACCAUGAAACGUGUGGAACCACACCAAAAUUUUGAAGAGACCAUACAACGCCUUAAAACUCAAAAGGCGAGGAAGAAGGCGGUACUCGACAAAGGCAUACAUGAUCGGAAUAAAGAUCAUGCUCAUGCCGUCGGUACCACGGACAUCGCUUUGAACAACUAUACAAAGCAUCCAUAA